CCGGCUCGCACGAGCUGAACCAAGAGCAAAAGAAGCAAAAGACGCGUGCCUUACCGAUUUCCUCUACACACCAAAAAACUUCUCCCUUCUUGGAUCUUUGGAGAGAAAACUUCAUCACUUCACCACUUCAGCACCUGAGGAACUUACAUCAGCAUGUGCACCGCAAUGGAGACCGUCUACUCCGACAUCGACAGCAACAGCUGCGACUUCUCCUUCCCGCACACCGACGAUGAGGACUCCCGCGGCAGCUUGCGCUCCGCCUCCCCGGCCUGCUCCUCCCCGCUCGGCCCGGAGCCCGGCAUCGCCGAGCAGCAGCAGCAGAAGAAGCGACGCCGCGGCCGCGCCAGGAGCGAGGCCGCCGUGCAGGUGGUGAAGAAGAACCGGCGGAUGAAGGCCAACGACCGGGAGAGGAACCGCAUGCACAACCUGAACGACGCCCUGGACGCCCUCCGCGGGGUCCUGCCGGCGUUCCCGGACGAAACCAAGCUCACCAAAAUCGAGACUCUGCGCUUUGCGCACAACUACAUCUGGGCGCUGUCCGAGACCAUCCGCAUCGCCGACCUGCAGGCGGGCAAGGCCGGCCGCGGCAGCGUGGCCGGGGACCCGCCCCUGACUCUCACCGCGGGCCUCGGGUGCAUCGGCGACGCCCCGAGCCCUGGCAGCGACGCCUGCUCCUGGAGCUCCAGCGGCUCGUCCUCAUCCUCCUCCCCUGCGUACUGCACCUCCAAUCCGGGCAGCCCGGUGGCGGCGGCCGAGGACUACGGCUUCCUGCAGCCGGACGCACUGUACGGCUUCCACAGCUUUGUGCCGGGCAUCUACUAACCUGCAGACCCGCUGCUCAGGCUCAUAGACCAGAGUAAUGUGAAGAGAUCACCGGAUCAGGGCCGGGACGCACCGGGGAGCCCCGCUGCGCUGUCGGAGAAAGAGGAAUAAGACUAAGAAUCACUGUUUGCCUUACAAAGCCCACUGGCUAUCUGAUACUUUUCUAUUUGUUUCCUGUGUCUCUGCAUACGGAUUGUAAAUGAGAAUAACUUAAUUUGUGUUUUUUUAGUUGGUUUUUGUAUUGUUUUUGGUACGUUUUGUAUUUCUCCAAAAACCUUUGCACUUUUUCCUUCCCUGACAAGACGGUGUAGGUUAUACAGUAUAAAGUCCACACGCAGCUUCAGACUCGAGGAGACAGAUUUGCUUUGCAGAGCGGAGGUGAAAAGUCAAUUUUACAAUUUGUAGAGUGAUAAUGCAGAAAAGCGAGCGUGGAAAUCGGGUUUCAACGCUUUGACAAUAGAGUGAAAAGAGCUGCCCUCAUUCAUUAUGUAUUCUGCCCCCCCUCGAACCAACCAACCAACACACACACACACACACACACACACACACACACACACUACAAAGACCCAGUCGCAUCACCAAGGCACGGAUGGACCCUCUCUGUACUUUCUUAGUGUUGUUUUUUUAUUUAUUCAACUUUUGUUUUGCUUGCUUGUCAUAUGAAAUUGUAUUUUGUACAUAGAGAGAUUUUUAUUCUAUUUACUUGGAACUGUGGUGCUGCCAGCCAUUUUUCUACAAAAUAAAAUUAUAACGUUUCUAAAAAAACAAA